AUGUCACAAGUCACAACCACUUACUCCUUUGAUGCCCCCACGGACUACAUCAAUUUCACAUCUUUGAAUGAUGAAGAAGAUAGCCAAAACAUAGAUUCCUGGUUUGAGGAGAAGGCUAGUUUGGAGAAUAAGUUUCUUGGGAAGAAUGGAACAGGAGGACUUUUUCAGGGUAAAACUCCUCUGAGGAAGAGUAAUCGACGGCAAGAUAAUGUCACACCUUUGAGACCAGUUGACAACACUUAUUACAAAGAGUCAGAAAAAGAAAAUCAGUUGGAACAAUCUAUUCCAUCAUAUGCUUCUUCUUCCCUGGAAGUUGAGGGAACGACAUCAAGCAAUACUCCAGCCCAUCAACAGAGGAAAUCUAUUAGGCUUUCUGCUCAGAAGGAUCUGGAACAAAAACACCUUGUACAGUUGAAAGCCAAGAGAUGUGCCACUUCUGUAGGCUCUAGUGAAAUUCCACCCUCCAAGAAGAUGAAAGUUUCUAGCAACAAAAAGAAGCCAGGGGAAGCAGGAAGUGCUCAUCAAGUUACUCCACACAGAGCCAAGAGCAGACAUACUGUGCCUUGUACACCACCUGUAAGUACUCAGCCUAUUGGGUUUGACUUGGAAAUUGAGAAAAGAAUCCAGGAGCGAGAGUCAAAGAAGAAAUCAGAGGAAGAACACUUUGAAUUUCAUUCCAGACCGUGUCCUACCAAGAUCUUGGAAGAUGUUGUGGGUGUUCCUGAAAAGAAGGUGCUUCCGAUCACCAUCCCCAAGUCCCCAGCCUUUUCUUUGAAGAACAGAGUUCGAGUGUUCACCAAAGAAGAAGAGGAAGAGGAGGAGGCAGUAGUAAUAAAAGCACAGCCUGUGCCACAUUUUGGGGUACCUUUUAAGCCCCAAAUUCCAGAGGCAAGAACAAUAGAAGUAUGCCCUUUCUCCUUUGAUUCUCGGGAUAAAGAACGUCAACUACUGAAAGAGAAGAAGAUAAAAGAACUGCAGAAAGGGGAGAUGCCCAAGUUCAAAGCACUUCCUUUGCCCCAUUUUGACACCAUUAACUUGCCAGAAAAGAAGGUGAAAACAGCAACUCAGAUCGAACCUUUCUGUUUGGAGACUGACAAGAGAGGUGCUCUGAAGAUGCAGACUUGGAAGCAUCAGUUGGCGGAAGAACUGAAACAGCAGAAAGAAGCAGCCUGCUUCAAGGCUCGUCCGAACACUGUCAUCUCCCAGGAGCCCUUUGUACCCAAGAAAGAGAAAAAAACAGUUGCUGAUGGCCUUGCUGGUUCUCUAGUUCAGGAACCAUUUCAGCUGGCCACUGAGAAGAGAGCCCAGGAGCGGCAGGAGCUAGAGAAGAAAAUGGCUGAGGUAGAAGCCCAGAAAAUCCAGCAAUUGGAGGAGGUCAGACAACGAGAGGAAGAGCAGAAGAAGGAGGAACUUGCCCAGCUACGGAAAGAACUGGUACACAAAGCUAAUCCAAUACGUAAGUAUCAGACAGUGGAGGUUAAAUCAAGUGACCAGCCUUUGACUGUGCCUGUGUCUCCCAAGUUCUCCACGCGAUUCCACUGCUGA